CAACAGUGUUGAGUUCUCAACUACAAAGAUAAAACAUCAACCACGCAUAUAUAAGACCUGUUACCUGCCAUAGUUUCCAAACAAUAGACACAGCUUCCUCAGAGUAAAUCAUCUAAGAACACUUUAGUAGUCACAUACAUACCAACAGCCAUACUACCUCGUCUACCUCGUCUACCUCGUCUACAUCACAUACUCUUCCGUCAUAAUGGCAACCGAAGUUUUGAAGGCAACACCUACCUGCUGCGGCAAGAACACUGGGGGCGAAUGUGUCUGUGCUAAGCAGGCUACCUGUUCCUGCGGUCAGAAAUCCGCCCUCGAAUGCACGUGCGAGAAGGCUCCGCUCGAGAAUACUCUAAGUGGCGCCCGAUGCUCGUGCCGAGCUCGCCCUGCCGGUCAAUGUACCUGCGAGAAUGCGUCCAAGGAGAACAGUCCCAUUGCUGGCAGCACCUGCGAAUGUGGUGCUCGCCCCGCCAGCUCCUGUACUUGCGAACGCGCUACUUCGGAUUCAAACCCGAACGAAAUCGACUUUACCACGAAGAAAUAAUUGGUCAUACGAGGCUGAAAAAUACUAUGGGGGAUCGGGUUUCUAGGCGGCGCUACUGGUUGCAAAUCAUGAAAAUUGUGGUGGCAUAUACUGCUAUGUGAAAGAACUUCGAUACCUAGGAUUCUAUAGGUUAUGGUCGCCGGAGUGUUGGAGUGUUGGAGUUAGGUCGCUGGUAUUAGGAAUAUAAUCAUCUUUCGUAUUUCAAUCUAAGGCUUGUGAGAUCUACCUUGCCAUUUCUAUGUACAGGCGACUCUAUGAUGCAGGAUCGGCGAUAGAAAUACUUCGAUUUGUGGAUGUAGGAGACUAUGUUGUAGAGGCUUGAAGUUAUGAUUGGAUGUAGUUUCUGUGAUCAACUGUAAGGAAAAACAAUAAUGCCUUUGUAUACCGGUUCGAACUUGAGAAAUGAUUGGCUUCUUUUUUUU